CGUAGUCUCUUUGGAAACUUCUGCCGGAGAAAAAGAGCUAGGAAAGAGCUGCAAAGCGGUGUGGGUUUUUCCUUUUUUUUUUUUCCCCUCCUUUUUAUUACCCCCUCCUCCGUUUGCACCCUUCUUCGGGCUUCAUGCAGAACCUGCGAAUUUCGAAGAGGUGCUUAGGAGAAAAGUGGGAGUAAAGAGGUGUUAGGGGUUUGGUGUUUUGUUUUGUUUUUUUUUUAAUUUCUUGAUUUCAACAUUUUCCUCCACCCUCGCAGCUGCAGCCGCCACCUCUUACCUGCUUCCGCGGCAGCCGCGCGCUGCGGGCAGCUGAGGGUUAGAAAAGAGUGGGGUGCACUUUGAGAUUUUAAACAAAAAUUUUGAAGACAAAUCCAUUUUUCUCCCCCUACACCCUCUCCUCCACAGCCUCCUAACUCAUUAUUCUUGUGGUUGUUUGAGGGUGAACAAUUUUUGGCUCCCCCCAGCCCCCUCGCAGUUCUGACCCGGUCGGGCUUGGGGGUUUGUUUCUCCGGCCUCCAAUCCCUCUGCGUGCACCUGGCGCUGCUCUCCGCCUCCCCCCCCCCCCCACCCCUACCUGUUGCAAGUCUGUAAUCUUUGCAGUUGGGACUUGCUUGCAGGCGCCCCAGCCAUCCGUCGCUCCCUACAUUUUGCAAUUGGGGGAGGGCACCUGCUCUACCUGCCGGAAAUUUAAAAGAAAUUUUUUUUUCUCCGCGCGCCUUUUUGGCCCCUUUCUCCCUGCACUCUCGCUCUCCUGCCCCGCCCCAGGUAAAGGGGGAGAGUCGGAGAAGAUGGUGCUCACCGCGGUCCUCCUGCUGCUGGCCGCCUGUGCGGGACCGGCCCAGGGCCUGGGCUCCUUCGUGCACUGCGAGCCCUGCGACGAGAAAGCCCUCUCCAUGUGCCCCCCCAGCCCCCUAGGCUGCGAGCUGGUCAAAGAACCGGGCUGCGGCUGCUGCAUGACCUGCGCCCUGGCCGAGGGGCAGUCGUGCGGCGUCUACACUGAACGCUGCGCCCAGGGGCUGCGCUGCCUCCCCCGGCAGGACGAGGAGAAGCCUCUGCACGCCCUGCUGCACGGCCGCGGGGUCUGCCUCAACGAAAAGAGCUACCGCGAGCAAGCCAAGAUCGAGAGAGAUUCCCGCGAGCACGAGGAGCCAACCACCUCCGAGAUGGCGGAGGAGACCUACUCGCCCAAGAUCUUCCGGCCCAAGCACACCCGCAUCUCUGAGCUGAAGGCUGAGGCUGUGAAGAAGGACCGCAGAAAGAAGCUGACCCAGUCCAAGUUCGUAGGGGGAGCUGAGAAUACUGCCCACCCCCGGGUCAUCUCUGCACCUGAGAUAAGACAGGAAUCGGAGCAGGGACCCUGCCGCAGGCACAUGGAGGCUUCCCUGCAGGAGCUCAAAGCCAGCCCGCGCAUGGUGCCCCGCGCCGUUUACCUGCCCAACUGUGACCGCAAAGGAUUCUACAAGAGAAAGCAGUGCAAGCCUUCCCGUGGCCGCAAACGUGGCAUCUGCUGGUGCGUGGACAAGUACGGAAUGAAGCUGCCAGGCAUGGAGUAUGUCGACGGGGACUUUCAGUGCCACACCUUCGACAGCAGCAACAUUGAGUGAUGCGUCCCCUCCCCAUCCUUCCCUCACCCCAUCCUACCCCUAGCCCUGACUCCAGCCAGCACCUCCCUCCACCCCAGGAUGCCACUCAUUUCAUCUCAUUUAAGGGAAAAAAAAAGCAUAUAUCUAUCUAUUUGAGGAAACUGAGGACCUCGGAAUCUCUCGCAAGGUCUCAACUUUGAAAACGGCAACAAUGGAGAUGCAAAAAGCUAAGAAGAACCCCCCUUAAAAAAAAAGGUUUUCUUUUUGAGGCAAGUUGAAUGAACAGGGAGGGCAAGAGAGGAGGAGCAAGAGAAAGAGAAGGGAGGGAAGCAUACGUGUGUAAGAGAGGGAACGGUGAAUAGUUACACGAAGGAAAAGCAGAACAUGGGCCAGAAGCAUCCAUCCUUACACCCAGCCCUGGCCCGAGCUGGGGAGCCAUUUGGGCAUUAGAAGGUGUGGCCCAAGGUGUAGCAUGUGAUGGCAGCCUUGGAGUUUGCCCAGUCUGGAUGGGUCGCAGGGGGGAGAAGGGAAAAGACAACAGGUGUCAUUGCCUCUCCUGGAUCUGUCUCCUCCUGCAGCCAGCAGCUUGCACGGCUCAAUCCCUGUCCUUCCUCUCCUCCCACCCCAGCACUCUGUUCUAUCUGCCCCCAAUUUACAAACACUAAACUGCAUUCCAUUCCUCUCAACACAGAGCAAAUUCACAACCAAGUGAUAUUAGAUAAGUAGGUGUUCCUAAGAAGAUGCGUGAAUAUUAAGUAUACAUGCAUAUUUCACUCCCCGGGGCAAACUUUGAGAAAUCAUGCCACACCCCAAUAGUGGAAAGACAUGUUCUUCCAGGGUGGCUAAAGCAACGACAUGCUGAAUGAAGCCUGUGGUUUCAGCCCUUCAUUGCCUCUAACUCCCAACUCGCACAGCCUCUAUGGGGGAGGAUAGGCUUAAAAAAAAAAAAAGAAAGAAAGAAAAGUGGGCUUGUAUUUAUCUACAAGGCUCCAUAUAGUCAUAUAUAGGCAUAUAAAUCUAUUUUCUUUAUUUUUUUUUUUCCUUUAUUCCUUCCUUUCUGUCAAUUUGCAUUAACUUCUCCAAGUAGUUUCUAUGGGGGCAUUGAAGAGCAUCCUUAUUCUGGGAAAACCAAGAAAACUCAAUCCUUCUAACACAACCCAUAAUAUCAGUUUUGCCCAUCUCCCAUAAGCAGCAAACUCAACCCUUUGUGGGACACAGUGUUGGAUUUUUGUGUGUAUGUGAUGUCCCACGUGCACGUGUGUUCAUUUGUACCAACAAGCCAGGUCAAUGAACACACCCAGUGGUGCACUCACCCUGCUCCCCAGGACACCUCAUUCACCUUUAGACCCUCAGGAAGUCACUUUUUUUGGGCCCUAAACCGAAUGAACCCAACAGGUCCAUCUGACCCACUGGUCCUGCCCAGCCUUUUCGUGUCACCUGGACAGAGCCUGCAGUUGGAAAACCUCUCUCAGCCUUCAUGCUGGCAGAGCAGGAGACAGACUGAAAUAAGGAUGGAAAAGAUAGAGAUGAGGAAACAGUCAAAGUGAUUGUGCAGGCCAGAGCAGAUGGAGGGAGGGGCAGAGGGCUAGAGGGACAGGAGGCUGACUGUCCCGUUCUAGCUUUGGAGCAAAGUGACAGAAAAGGGGACAAAACGAAGAGAAACUUCCCUGGGUCCCUUCUAAGCCCUCUGGGAUUUAAGAGGAAGGAGAGUUUAGGGGGAACAGAUUGUAAGAGAGAAAUGAGCUUAAUCCAGGCCUUUGAGCCAGGGAAGGUGGGUUACUUUAGGUGGUUUCUAGACUGUAGCAGCUGUAUGGAAACAAAGAUCCAGAGAGACUGGCUGGGCUUUUGAAGGGACAAGCCUGUGUGCUCCAGUGCCCACCUUCACCCUGCAAUGGGGGACUGAGGCCGGAGAGUCUUCCAAGCUGUUCAUCCUCUCUGGCCAGUUCUGGCUUCCUUCCUGGGGUGGAGGAUGGCAGAAAGGCCCAGGACAGCCAGGGAAUGGAUGCUUUGGGGGUACUGUCGUUUGGAGGCCAGAUUCCGAACCAAGAAAAACCCUAUUGUUCACUGACUCCCCCAGCACGUGGGCGGUCCUGGGACUGUCCUCUGAGGAUGGACAUUGCUGGCCAGGAAAGGGGGCUUGGACGUGGCAAAGGAGACCCUUUCUUGCUGUGAACAUACAUCUCUCCACUCUCCUGUUGGCAUGACACCAUGGAAACCACUCCAGAAGCGAACCUGGGGCAAAGAAGAGGGACAGCUGAAGAGCGAAAACAUUUCAGCA